AGCGCUCCGCCGUCCCCCGGCUCCGCACGUGCCAACAACGCGGGCUCCCAUUGGGCGGCGGCGGCCCGAGCCGCUCCCCCAUUGGCGGAGCGCCGGCCCGGCAUGCCCGGCCCCGACAUGGCGGCGGCGGCCGGCGGGGAGCGGGGCCGCACCAGCUUCCAGCGCAGGCCCGGGGCCGGCCCGCGGCCGCCCGCCCUGCCGGGCACUCGGCCCUCGGUGCGCCACGGGCAGCUGCUGCUCUCCAGCGGGCUGCCCUCCCUGGACUGUGUGCUAGGUGGAGGCGUAGCUGUUGGAACCCUUCUUCUUAUUGAGGAGGAUAAAUAUGGCCUUUACUCCAAUUUGUUGUUCAAGUAUUUUCUCGCAGAGGGAAUUGUCUGUGGACAUGACCUGUUUGUUGCUUCUGCCAAAGAGCAUCCUGACAACAUUUUGAAGGAACUUCCAGCCCCUUUGCUUGGUGAUUCCUAUGGGAAGGAAUUGGGAGAUGAAGCAGCAGCUGUGAAAUCUGAGGAUUUUCAGGAUUCUAUGAAAAUAGCGUGGCGCUACCAAAAUUUACCAAAAAUGGAGACCAGCCCAACAACAUAUACAAAGUUUGGCCAUUAUUAUGAUAUUUCUAAAAAAUUAUCUCCAGAACUGUGUCAGUCUGUAAAAUUGCACCGUUUUUACCUCCAUGAAGAAUUGCCUUUUGAGCCUAAAAUGAAAACAUGGAAUAUGAACAGUGGUUAUGCAAGGCUGCUUCAGUCCAUUCAGAGGAUCAUUUCCCAGGAGGGCUUUGAUGGCUCUGAUCCCCAGAAAAAACAAAGGAAUAUUUUAAGGAUAGGGAUUCAGAGCCUGGGCUCCGUAUUGUGGGGUGAUGAUGUUUGUUGCAGUGAUACCCCUGAAGAUCCUCAGAGCCUGACCAAAUUCCUGUAUGUUCUGCGUGGGCUGCUCAGGAAAUCCCUGUCAGCCUGCAUCAUCACAGUGCCUGCUCACCUCAUCCAGAAUAAAGCAAUUAUGGAACGUGUAACAAACUUGUCAGAUAUGGUGGUUGGUCUUGAAUCAUUUAUUGGCUCUGAGAGAGAAACCAAUCCAUUGUACAAGGAUUACCACGGUUUGGUUCAUGUACAUCAGAUUCCUCGGCUUAAUAGCUUGAUCUGUGAUGUGUCAGACACGAAGGACCUUGCUUUUAGAUUAAAAAGGAAGCAGUUCACCAUCGAGCGGCUGCAUUUGCCUCCAGACUUGUCAGACACAGUGAGCCGCGCGAGCAAACAGGAUCUGGCAGGAUCCGCCAAACUGCUGAGCUCAGGAUGUGGCGCCAUGGCCAUCGGCAAGAAGCACCUGGACUUCUAGUGAUUUCUGCUUAGCAGCUUCACUCUCAUUCAGCUGACACUCUCAUUAGGAGUGUUAAUGACUUAUAUAAAUAUUUUUCUUAAUGAUUUGACCCAGCAGUCUUUAAAAAUACGUGUUGUCGUAUGAUGCCUUCUUUUUUUUCUUUUUUUCUUCUUUUUUUUUUUUUUUUGUGUCUGUUCUCUUUCUUUGUACUAAAUUUAGUCUUGCUUUGGUUUUGCUUUUCUGUUAUGUUGAGUCCUGCCAUUGUUCUGCUCCAUUGGAAACAGGUAGUAUUUUGUUCCUUUACUUAAAAUACAAAAAAAUUGCAAUCACCCUUUCUUUUUUAUUUUUUUUUUUUACAUUAAAAAUAAAGGGAUGUUUUUCCCAAAAGAUUUUUUUAUAUACUUGCAUAUAAUAUUUUGUAUGAAUGAUGGGUUUAUUGAAAUAAAGGAA